AUGACCAUCUUUUACCAGGAGACGAUCGCCGACAAAAACUCCACCAAUUCCUCCAUUCGCCAAUGUUUCCAUUGCGAAAGCGAACAGCUCGUCGAAAACGCUGCCAGCGAAGAGAAUCUCAAUGGCAACGCCGGAAGACCCUAUCUGCGCUGCGAAGCAUGUGGCAACUUCCAGUGCUGGCUAGAUCCUCGCGGAAGCAGCAUCCCAAACCCACUCUGCUUGUGCGGUUGGCCUAGCCGGCAACAAGUCGCUGGGAACGGGGCACGCAAUCCUGGCGGUCUUCACUUUGUGUGCGAACAUGGGCGCUGUUGGUUUCAUGAAAAGGUGCUGGAUCAGAAUGGGAAGCAGAUUGUCGUUGCCCAGGAGAGGUCUCCGACUGCUAUUAAGCAUAUUUAUGUUUGA